AUGACUGAGUUUGACGAUUGCAGUCACGGCACAUCCAAUAUGUAUCUGCCAGGGUGCGCUUAUUAUGUCUCACCCUCAGAUUUCUCGACGAAACCCUCUUUUUUGUCUCAAUCGUCAUCCUGUCAAAUGACUUUUCCUUAUUCUUCUAAUUUACCUCAUGUUCAACCUGUGCGUGAAGUAGCAUUCAGGGAAUACGGAUUAGAGCGCAGCAAAUGGCAGUAUAGGGGCAGUUAUGCUCCUUAUUACUCAGCUGAAGAGGUGAUGCACAGAGACUUUCUGCAGCCUGCGAACAGAAGGACGGAAAUGUUGUUCAAAACGGACCCUGUCUGCGGCCACCACGGACCGUCUCCUGCCGCCUCCAACUUCUACAGCUCGGUGGGGAGGAACGGCAUCCUGCCGCAAGGCUUCGACCAGUUUUACGAGACAGCCCCCGGACCCCCGUACCAGCAGCACUCCGAGAGCGAGGGGGACGCGGAGAAGGGCGACUUGAAAGCCCAGAACAGCACUUGCAGUAAAACACCUUCCAGCCAGGAGAAGAAAGUGACACCAGCAAACAGCGCCGAUUCCCCUUCUGGUGAGGCUGUUGCAGAGAAGAGCAACAGUUCAGCAAUUCCCCAGCGAUCAAGGAAAAAGAGGUGCCCCUAUACCAAAUAUCAGAUAAGAGAACUGGAACGGGAAUUUUUCUUCAACGUGUACAUAAACAAAGAGAAGAGACUGCAGCUGUCCAGAAUGCUCAACCUCACUGACCGGCAAGUUAAAAUCUGGUUCCAGAAUCGAAGGAUGAAAGAAAAGAAACUGAACAGAGAUCGACUCCAGUAUUUCACUGGGAAUCCCUUGUUUUGA